AAGCGGCCGGGUGGGAGGGAAGCAGCCCCGCAGCCGGGGAGGCGAAGCGCCAGAGGGAGAGCGAGCCAGGCAGGCAGGCAGGCAGGGAAGGCGCCCCACCACAGACAGGCAGAGAGAGGGGAUGGCGGGCGAGAGGAGCGGGCGGAGGAUGCUGCUGCUGCUGCUGCUGCUGCCGCGCGGAGGGCGGCCGUCGGGGCUCGUGGUGCUGAUGCUGCUCCUGGCGCUGCCGCCGCCGCAGCGGUGUUUGGGGGCGCCGGACCCUGCGGAGAGGAGCCCCCGCCAGGCGCCGCCGGCCAGCCCCAGCAAGCCCGGCUGCUACGACAACGGGCAGCACUACCAGAUCAGCCAGCAGUGGGAGCGCACCUACCUGGGCAACACCCUCGUCUGUACCUGCUACGGCGGCAGCCGCGGCUUCAACUGCGAGAGCAAGCCCGAGCCGGAAGAGACCUGCUUUGAUAAAUACACUGGAUUGGCUUACCGGGUUGGGGAGACGUAUGAACGGCCCAAGGACUCCAUGAUCUGGGACUGCACGUGCAUUGGAGCCGGCCGCGGGAGAAUUAGCUGCACAAUCGCAAAUCGCUGUCAUGAAGGCGGCCAGUCCUACAAGAUUGGCGACACCUGGCGUCGGCCCCACGAGACAGGCGGCUACAUGCUCGAAUGUGUCUGCCUUGGCAAUGGGAAGGGCGAAUGGACUUGCAAGCCAGUGGCGGAACGGUGCUACGACAAUUCUGCUGGGACCUCCUAUGUUGUUGGGGAGAUCUGGGAGAAACCCUAUCAAGGCUGGAUGAUGGUGGACUGCACUUGCGUGGGAGAAGGCAGCGGACGUAUCACCUGUACUUCCCGAAACAGGUGCAAUGACCAGGACACCAGGACAUCCUACAGAAUCGGAGACACUUGGAGCAAGAAGGACAACAGAGGGAAUCUCCUGCAGUGUGUUUGCACAGGGAAUGGCAGAGGGGAGUGGAAAUGCGAGAGACACGCAUCCCUGCAAGCCACAGGAAUUGGAACUGGAUCCACCACCUUCACCGACGUGCAGACUGCCCUCUACUUGCCCCAGCCCCAGCCUGCGCCGUACGGGCACUGCGUCACCGACAGCGGCAUGGUGUAUUCUGUGGGCAUGCAGUGGCUCAAGACCCAGGGCGCCCAGAACAUGCUCUGCACUUGUCUGGGCAACGGAGUCAGCUGCCAGGAAACAGCUGUGACCCAAACCUAUGGUGGAAAUUCUAACGGGGAGCCUUGCGUCUUCCCAUUCACCUAUAAUGGGAGAACUUUCUAUGCAUGCACUUCAGAGGGCCGUACUGAUGGGACUUUUUGGUGCAGUACAACCUCAGACUUUGAUCAGGAAAAGAGAUACUCUUUCUGCACAGAACAAAAUGUCCUGGUUCAAACCCGUGGGGGCAACUCCAAUGGCGCCCUGUGCCACUUCCCCUUCAUCUACAACAACCGGAAUUACACAGACUGUACCUCAGAGGGGCGGCGAGAUAACAUGAAGUGGUGUGGCACCACCCCAAACUACGAUGCUGACCAGAAAUUUGGCUUCUGCCCCAUGGCAGCACAUGAGGAAAUCUGCACCACAAGUGAAGGCGUCAUGUAUCGGGUUGGAGACCAGUGGGACAAGCAGCAUGACAUCGGGCACAUGAUGAGAUGCACCUGUGAGGGGAACGGGCGCGGGGAGUGGACCUGCAUCCCUUACUCCCAGCUCAGAGACCAGUGCAUAGUUGAUGGGUUCACGUAUGACGUAAACCAGACCUUCCACAAGCGCCACGAAGAAGGGCAUAUGCUGAACUGUACCUGCUUUGGUCAAGGGCGAGGCAGAUGGAAAUGUGAUCCUGUUGACCAGUGUCAAGACUCAGAGAGCCACACCUUUUACCAGAUUGGAGAUUCAUGGGAGAAACAUUUUCACGGCGUCAGAUACCAGUGCUAUUGUUACGGGCGCGGCAUCGGAGAAUGGCAUUGUCAGCCUUUGAGCACGUACUCAGGUUCCACUGGUCCUGUUCAGGUGAUCAUCACAGAUGUUCCGAUUCAUCCUAAUUCUCAUCCUGUCCAGUGGAUCGCCCCUGAAUCAUCUCAUAUCUCCCAGUAUAUUCUCCGAUGGAAACCAAAAAACUCUGGAGCCAGAUGGAAAGAGGCCACAAUUCCAGGCUACUUGAAUUCCUACACUAUCUCUGGUCUGAAACCCGGUGUCCUCUACGAGGGGCAGCUCAUUUGCGUGCAGCAUUAUGGACAAAAAGAAGUCACCCGGUUUGAAUUCACCACCUCAAGUACCACAGCCAUUUCAACCAGCCACGUGUCUGGAGAAACCACAGCACUUCCUUCCGUGGUGACAACUUCAGAGUCGGUCACAGAAAUCACAUCCAACAGCUUCGUGGUCUCCUGGGUUUCGGCUUCAGACACGGUCUCAGGAUUCCGUGUCGAAUAUGAACUGAGCGAAGAGGGUGAUGAACCCCAAUACUUGGAGCUUCCGAGCACGGCCACGUCGGUCAAUAUCCCCAACUUGCUUCCGGGCCGCAGAUACAUUGUGAACGUCUAUCAGAUUUCCGAAGAGGGCGAGCAGAACCUGAUUCUGUCAACUUCUCAGACAACAGCACCUGAUGCUCCUCCUGAACACAUCGUGGAAAGCGUGGAUGAUACUUCCAUCCUCGUGAGCUGGAGCCGGCCGGAGGCUCCCAUCACAGGUUAUCGCAUCGUCUACACACCAUCUGUGGAGGGCAGCAGCACGGAACUGAAUUUGCCAGAGACUGCUACCUCCGUGACACUCAGUGACUUGAUGCCUGGGGUUCAAUACAAUAUCACUAUCUAUGCAGUGGAAGAGAGCCAGGAAAGCAUCCCUGUCAGCAGCAGCAUCACUAGUGAGGUGCCCCAGCUCUCUGACUUAAGCUUUGUUGACGUAACUGACACCAGUAUUGGCCUGAGGUGGACCCCUCUCAAUGCCUCUUCCAUUAUUGGCUACCGCAUCACAGUAGUUGCGGCAGGAGAAAGUGUCCCCAUAUUUGAAGAUUUUGUGGACUCCUCAGUAGGAUACUACACAGUCACAGGCCUGGAACCGGGCAUUGACUAUGAGAUCAGCGUGAUCACCCUCAUUAGUGGCGGAGAGAGUGCCCCUACUACACUGACUCAGCAAACGGCUGUCCCUCCUCCCACCGAUCUCCGUUUCACCAACGUGGGACCUGACACGAUACGAGUGUCCUGGACUCCCCCAGCGUCCAUUGAACUGACCAGCUUCCUCGUGCGUUACUCACCUGUGAAGAAUGAGGAGGAUGUUGCAGAGUUGAGCAUCUCACCUUCAGACAAUGCAGUGGUUUUAACAAACCUCCUGCCUGGCACCGUGUAUAUAACCAAGGUCUACAGUGUCUAUGAACAACAUCAGAGCAAACCUCUGAGCGGAGAGCAGAAAACAGGGCUUGAUUCUCCUACCGGGCUUGACUUUUCUGAAAUAACGGCUCAUUCAUUCACCGUCCACUGGAUUGCUCCUCGUGCUGCCAUCACUGGCUACAGGAUACGCUAUUACCUUGAGCAAGGCGGGGGCAGACCCAAAGAAAGCCGUAUUGCACCAUCUCGUAAUUCCAUCACACUGACUGACCUGUCUCCAGGGUCUGAGUAUGUGGUUAGUCUUAUUGCAGUCAGUGGCAAAGAGGAAAGUUUGCCCUUGUCUGGACAGCAAAGUACAGUUUCUGAUGUUCCAAGAGACCUGCAAGUCAUUUCCUCCAGCCCAACCAGCCUGGUCAUAUCCUGGGAUGCGCCUGCUGUUACCGUUAGAUACUACACAAUAAAAUAUGGUGAAACAGGGGGCAGAGGCCCUGUCCAGGAGUUCACCGUACCUGGUGACAUGUCCAUGGCGACUAUCCCAGGCCUGAAGCCCGGCGCAGAGUACAACAUCACGGUCUUCGCUGGCACCGGCCGUGGCGACAGCCCUACCAACAAGCAGUCAGUCAGUGUCGUUUACAAGAUGGAGAUCAGCACUCCAUCUCACCUGCAAGUAGUGGAUGUUCAGGACAACAGCAUCACCGUCCGGUGGCAGCCAUCCUCUUCCCCAGUCACUGGCUACCGAGUGACAACGGUGCCCAAAGACGGCCACGGCCCCACCAAAUCCGCCGUGCUCUCUGCAGAUCAAACCGAAGUCACAAUCGAAGGGCUGCAGCCCACUGUGGAGUAUGUGGUUAGUGUCUACGCCCAGGGCCAAGAUGGAGAAAGCCAACCUCUGGUGGAGACGGCUGUGACAAACGUUGAUCGCCCUAGAGGAUUAACAUUCACCGAUGUGGAUGUUGAUUCCAUCAAAAUUGCUUGGGAAAGCCCACAGGGGCAAGUCAGCAGUUACAGGGUGACCUACGCCACCCCGGAGGAUGGAGUCCGCGAGCUCUUCCCUGCUCCAGAUGGCGAAGACGACACUGCAGAGCUGCUUGGCCUCCGGCCCGGUUCUGAAUACACUGUCCACGUUGUUGCCUUGCAUGAUGAGCUGGAGAGCCCACCUCUGGUCGGAACCCAGACCACAGCAAUCCCACCUCCAACAAAUCUGAAGUUUCUUCAGGUUACUCCAACCAGCCUGACUGUGACAUGGGUGGCACCGAAUGUGCGGCUCACUGGAUACCGGCUCCGAGUGAAUCCCCAGGAGAAGAACGGGCCCAUGAAAGAAAUCCACCUCGCUCCAGAUAGCACGUCUGCUGUCAUCUCUGGACUUAUGAUGGCGACCAAAUAUGAAGUCAGUGUCUACGCUCUGAAAGACUCUCUGACCAGCAGACCUGUCCAGGGUGUUGUGACUACUGUGGAGAACAUCAGUCCUCCUCGUAGGGCACGUGUGACGGAUGUCACAGAGAGAACUAUCACCAUUAUGUGGCGCACCAAGACGGAGACCAUCACUGGUUUCCAGAUAGAUGCCAUCCCUGCAGGUGGUCAGAGCCCAGUUCAAAGGACCAUUAGCCCUGAUGUUAGGACCUACACCAUCACUGGCUUGCAACCAGGCACGGACUACAAGAUUUACGUCUAUUCCUUGAACAGCAAUGCUCGCAGCUCCCCAGUGGUGGUCGAUGCUUCUACCGCCAUUGAUGCACCAUCCAACUUGCGCUUCCUGACAACAACAAGCAACUCCCUGCUGCUUACUUGGCAACCCCCCCGGGCCAAGAUCACUGGAUACAUCAUCAAGUACGAGACCCCUGGGGGGCAACCCAGGGAACUGCUGCCUCGCCCCCGCCCUGGCACUACGGAGGCCACCAUCACGGGUCUGGAGCCAGGGACGGAAUACACCAUCUAUAUCAUUGCUGUGAAGAACAACCAGAAGAGCGAACCACUGAUCGGCAGGACAAGAACAGACGUGCUUCCACACCUGGUAACGCAUCCACACCCUGGCCAAAGCGGACCAGAGAUCCUGGACGUGCCGUCUGUUGUAGAGAACCCGCCUUACCCGUAUGACUCGUAUGACAAUGGCAAUGGUAUCCAACUUCCAGGCACUUCUGGCCAGCAGCCUGUACUCAGCAACCAAGGACAGCAGGUUUUCGUGGAGGUGUAUGGGUCUCGGACCCCGUCGAGAACAACUGUGGCAACUCCAGUAAAGCUUAGACCGAGACCGAAUGUGGAUGAAGAGCCUGGACUGGUGAGCCAACAUCCCAUACGUAUCCCAGACCUGGACGAACCUUAUCCUCACAGCCUCGUGCCCAGGAAUAAUUACACCCAGCUCCAGGAAGCCCUGUCCCAGACAACCAUCUCCUGGCGCCCCUUUCUGGAGAGCUCCGAAUACGUCAUCUCCUGUCACCCUCUUGGAGCUGAGGAAGAACCUUCGGAGUUUAAGGUCCCUGGCACGUCUUCCAGCGCCACACUUACUGGUCUGACCCGAGGUGCCACCUACAACAUCAUAGUGGAGGCUGUGAAAAAUCAAAGGCGGCACAAAGUCCUUGAGGAGAAGGUCACUGUGGGCAAUGCCAUUCUUUUCCCAGGUUUUCACCCCUGGGUUGAGAUAUUUUACAACAUAGGACAGCUUACUCUCCACAGUAGUCACAACACCCUGGACAGGUCUGUUGGUCAGAGAGUCUUUCAGAGCGUAGGACACUGA